AGGCUCUAACUGCAUUGCAUGUAUUAACUCAUUUUAGCCUCAAAAUAACAAUGAGAUAGAUACUGUUUUUAUGCCUUUUCACUCAAGGAAUAUUCACCGAGAGCCCAAACCUGCCAGGCACCAUUCGGGCAAUGGCAAUGUGGCUGAGAACAAAACAGAGAGACUCCCUGCCUUCACGGAGCUUUCGUUCUGGUACAGGCAUAGCACACGAGAUCAUUAAAAGUGAAUCAGGAGCUGUACCUGCAAGGGAGGAAAAUAAAGCAGGGUUUGGGGCAUGCAGACAGCUGGCAGUGGGGUGUGUUGUUGUAAAUAGAGUAGUCAGUCCAGCUUGCUGAGAAGGUGACAUUUGAGGAAAGCCCUGAAGGAGGUGAAGAAUUUGAGGAGCACUGUAGGCACAGAGAGGUUAAGAAACACGCCUAGGGUCACACAGCUACUAAGUUGCAAAGCUGGGGUUUGAACCGGGGCUGGCUCCAGAGCCUGGCUUUUAAGGGUUGCGGUAUAGGGCCCAAUGCAAGAUGCCACUCCUGUCCCUGGGACCUUCAGAGUUUGGGGGCGGGGGGGAAGACAGGCCAUGAGCCCCAUGGCUUCUGGAAAGCUAGAGUCGAAGAGGAGGAGGAGGGACGGACAAGGGGCAGCAGGGAAGGCCAAGGCUUUGGCUCUGAAGUUUCUGACCUCCUGCCCUGUCCUCCCAGAAGGCCGAGAUGGAUUGGCCACCUGCUGUCAGCUCUUUAUUUUAAUCUUGGUGGGGGGGGGGGGGGGUCUUGGAGCUUGCACCCCGCCCCCACCCGAUCCCGGCCCCUCCUCCCUCCCAGUGCUGGGGUGAACCUGCCACACGGCCUCUCAUCUGCCAGCACCUUCUCCUCUGCCUCCAGCAGCACCCGCCUCUGCAGCCAGGAGACCACCCCAGCCGCCCGGCCUCACCCAUGGGGAACAGCAAAAGCGGGGCCCUGUCCAAGGAGAUCCUGGAGGAACUGCAGCUGAACACCAAGUUCACAGAGGAGGAGCUGUGUGCCUGGUACCAGUCCUUCCUGAAGGACUGUCCCAGCGGCCGCAUCACGCGACAGGAGUUCCAGAGCAUCUACGCCAAGUUCUUCCCCGAAGCCGACCCCAAGGCCUACGCCCAGCAUGUGUUCCGAAGCUUCGACGCCAACAGCGACGGCACCCUGGACUUCAAGGAGUAUGUCAUCGCCCUGCACAUGACCUCCGCGGGCAAGACCAACCAGAAGCUGGAGUGGGCCUUCUCCCUCUACGACGUGGACGGCAACGGAGCCAUCAGCAAGAACGAAGUGCUGGAAAUCGUCAUGGCUAUUUUCAAAAUGAUCAGUCCCGAGGAUGCGAAGAACCUUCCAGAGGAUGAAAACACCCCAGAGAAGCGAACCGAGAAGAUCUGGGGGUUCUUUGGAAAGAAAGAUGAUGACAAACUCACGGAGGAAGAGUUCAUCGAGGGGACCCUGGCCAAUAAGGAAAUCCUGCGACUGAUCCAAUUUGAGCCUCAAAAAGUGAAGGAAAAGUUAAAGGAGAAGAAACCCUGAUGCCAACUGCGCAGCCCUGUCCCCCUCACCCCUUCCCCCCGCCGCGCACAGAAACCCAGGCAUGCGCACACCUCCCCAGGGGCCAAGGGGGUUUCCCAGGCCUUAGCGUCCCUCCCGUUCCUCCCAGCCACCUCCUCUCUCUUGCCCGCCCCUUGGGGCCUCCGUGAUAAUCCCAGGAUUGGGUCGCUGGAGUCUUACCAACCCUCCCCCCCCCCCCCCCCCCCCACCGUGUAAGCUCCUUUGUGGUUUGCUGGGUA